UCUAUGCUGUCUUUGGCUCCUUAAAAAAAAAUGUUCAAAUGCUAUGUCAUCAAGUUAGGAUGGAAAGGUGGUUUCUGUCUCUACUGCCAUACAGAUAGUAUUAAUUAAAAUGUCUAAUUUACUCUGAAAGCUCGGCUGCUGUAAGACACCUGGGACUUGGAUCUGGGCCUCUAACACGGGAGACGUUUUGAUCUUUCUGAAUCUCUCAUAGGAACUGAACGGCCACUGUGAGCUUCAUCAACAAUCCAGCACUUCCGGGCUGCCACCAGCCAUUGUGUCCUUAUUGGGCAGUGGAGGAGGGGUGUCCCAGUAACCAGGCAAGGUCUUGAGAAGCUUUGGGGGUCCUGGCGGUGGAGAGGCCUGCCAGGAGAAGUGAGCUCUCAGUGAGUUCAGAUUUCUAGGACUUUGUUGCCUGCACACCACGUGGGUCUCUGUUGCCUAGAGACAACGUGGUACAAAGCAGCUACUUAGCAACAUGGGACUUUGGAGAAGGCUUGAAGGCCUGGCACCAGCAAGCCUGGCCAGCAAGUGAGGGAGCAGGAACAGACAAAAGCGGGGACGAAGCCAUGGCGGGACACCCGGGAAAGGUGGUCCAGGAUGAGGUUAAUAAGAAUCAGAUCUUGCGUGAACUUUACCUCAAGGAGCUCCGAACCCAGAAACUGUACACGGAGUAUCAUGUGAAUCCUCUUCGCAAGGUUCACACAAUUACUAGAAAGCCCAUGUCUUGGCAUGAUGCGCAGGAGGAAGCAGCGGAUGACAUGUUUCUCCAGGUCAUUCAUGCCGCCCAGGAAGCAAGGAAGAAACACCAGGAGACGCGGACUGAAAGCCAAGAAAUCGGGUGGGAGGCCAAGCCCUUGGUCAACCCACAUCGAGAUGAUCGCAGACUGAACCACUUCCGGGUCUACCAAGACAUCACUCUUUACAAGGCUAAAAUGUGGAGCCUAGGGGAAACUGAUUACCACAAGUAG